UUAAAACCAGUAUAGCCGUUGGCUAAUAAUCCUGAUCGGUACUGGAGCUUCUUACAUAGAAAAAGCAGCAAGCAGGAAAAGAGAGUUCAGAGAAAAAUAACGUCUCUCUUUCCUCCAGAACUGCUUCUGUGGGAAGCUACGCUUCUCUUUCGAAAACUCUCUUUUAGCUUAAAAAAAAAAAAAAAAAAUCAGGGAUGAAGGAAUUCAAAUCAAGAAUCCUGCGGUCGCUCAAAUCGCUGCCAUCGCCUUCUCCGAACUUCGCCAUUCCUGCCUCCGCAUCCCCCAAAUCUUUCCUGCUCCAUCCCUUUCAGCUCAUAAAACAAUUUCACAACGACUAUGACGACGACGAUAAUAACAAGGAGAACAGUCUCCGAGCUGAUGAUCAAAUGAUCUUAUCGGAUCCCCAACCACCCGACGGAGAAGAUGCAGAAGAUGCGAGCACCACCAAACAAGCGCCGUCAUUCCGGCGCCCGAAUCCGCAUUCCCCAACCCUCUUCGACCCGGCCCUUCUCGCCGCGUUCCGGCAGGCGGUGGCCGACUACGAGCGGAAUCGGCCUACAGCCGAAUCCGCAGAGUGCUGCCCUCCGGUGGGAAAACAAUUCGUAACUUUAUACACGACGAGCCUCCGAGGAAUCCGGAAGACGUUCGAGGACUGCAACGCCGUCCGGAUGCUUCUGGAGAAUCUGAAGGUGGUUUUCCACGAGAGGGACGUGUCCAUGGAUUUGGGAUACAAGGAAGAGAUGUGGAGGCUUCUGGAGAGUAGUAAUGUGCCCCCUCCGAGGUUGUUCAUAGGGGGGAGGUACGUCGGCGGCGCCGACGAGGUCGUGGGGCUCCAUGAGCAGGGGAAGCUGCUGCCGCUGCUGCGCCGCGCCCCGCGGAGGCGCGGGGCCGCGGCGUGCGAGGGGUGCGGCGCGAUGAGGUUCGUGGUGUGCGCCGAGUGCGACGGUAGUCGUAAGCUCUACGACGAGGAGAGAUCGGCCGCCGUUCGGUGCCCGAAUUGCAAUGAGAAUGGUCUGGUCCCCUGCCCCUUGUGUAGCUAGCUAGUUCUUCUUUUGUUCUUCCCUUUUUUUUCUCUUUUGUAGAUUAAUUUCCUAUGAAAAUUGUUUAAUUUUGAUUAGUGUAUACUCGUUGAGUUCUUUAUAGCUGUAUUUUUUGUGUGAGGAAUGAUAAUAAACAUUGCACAGGGAAUUUAUUUACUUGGGGCAUUGGAGUAGGAAAAUGAACUGU